CGGAAGUAAAUGUACAAAAUAAUUAACAGGCCUCGUCUGGAUAUAUGAACAAUUAAUAGAAAAAUCACUUUAGUCCAUAUUGGUACGUUUAUAUUUACAGUCGAGUGCACUGAUACGUUUUUGGCCUUGUUCGGCUGCAGUGGGAGGAGGAGAUCCAUAACGAGCUCCUGGUUUGGACCGGCAGUCUGCGAUGUUGACGUUGGCAUGAGGAGGGCAGCACCGCACAGCCAGCGGGUGUCAGAGUGGCUCUUCGGGGUGAAGCCUCCCUCGGUGGACAUACGGCAUCAUGCUGGUGUGUGCCUACUUAGCGUUUGUACUCCUCUUGGCCCUUUGCCUGGGUCUGGAGCUCACAUCAAGGCGCACAGCACCGCCUCAGGCCGCACCAGUGGCCGUCGCCAACCCUGCCUUCCGUAGCUUCCAGAAACUCUUCCUGCAGGGAUACCUGCUUGCCCUGUGGGCGGACUGGCUGCAGGGACCCUACCUGUACAAGCUCUACCGCCACUACAGCUUCCUAGAGUCGCAGAUUGCUAUUCUCUAUGUGUGUGGCUUGGCCUCCUGUGUGCUCUUCUCUCCUGUGGCGGGCUGGCUCCCUCAGGCCCUGGGACAGCGCCGUACCUGCCUACUCUUCUGCCUGGCCUAUUCAGCUUGCUGCAUCACCAAACUGUCAAGGGACUACUUUGUUCUCAUCUUGGGCCGUGUCCUGGGGGGUGUGUCCACCUCUCUUCUGACCACCGCUUUUGAGGCCUGGUAUGUGCACCGUCACCUGGAUGUUCAUGAUUUCCCCAAGGAGUGGAUCCCCAGUACCUUCACCAAGGCUGCUGGGUGGAAUCACGGCCUGGCAGUGGCAGCGGGGCUUUUGGCCAACAUGCUGGCUGAGUGGUUGGCGCUGGGCCCGGUGGCUCCAUUUCUGCUCGCGGUUCCCUUUCUUGCUGCCUGUGGCUGGGUAGUGUUGUUCAGCUGGGGCAAGGAGGAGAGGCAGAAAGGACCGGAGGGCGAGAAGAGUAUUCCGCUGCUCACAAGCACAAGUGCAGUGCCUUCUCAGAGCUCAGCACGGGCCAGGUUCUGGCGCAGAUGCCUCGAGGGCUUGCGCUGUUUGCUUUCAGACAGGCGUGUGAUGCUUCUAGGUGGAGUCCAGGCCCUCUUUGAAAGUGUUCUGUACAUCUUUGUCUUCCUCUGGACACCUGUGCUGGAUCCCCAUGGCCCCCCCCUGGGCAUAGUGUUCUCCUGUCUGAUGGCUGCUAGCAUGGCCGGCUCUUUGCUGUAUCGCAUUGCCUCCUCCGCCCGCUACCGGCUGCAGCCAGGACACCUACUGUGCCUUGCUGUGCUGCUGGCCUUCUUCUCAUUCUUCAUGUUGACCUUCUCCACGGCCCCUGGUCAGCCUAGACCGCGAGAGUCCUUCCUAGCCUUUCUUCUGCUGGAACUGGCUUGUGGGCUCUACUUCCCAGCUGUGAGUUUCCUGCAGGGACGUGUGAUCCCAGAGGAGCGGCGGACAGCGGUCCUAGCCUGGUUUCGUCUUCCGCUCCAUUUGCUGGCCUGCCUGGGUCUGCUGGCACUUCAUAGGGAGGUGUCCGGGACAGGAGGAGGUGAAGGUGGCAGUGGAACCAGACACAUGUUUGGGGGCUGUGCAGCAAUGAUGCUUGCUGCCCUGCUGGCUGUGGUCAGUCUCUUCACCCUCACUCGGCAGGACUCUGACCUUCGUCUGGAGGGAGCUCGGGGAGAAGGAGAUGUAUAAGACCAAAUAAAGAGGACUGGGACUUUCAAUGUACCUUGGAUGCAUUACAUCAAAAGGGACAUAAUACUGUUUUGGGAGAUGCCUACAGUUUAUGUAUCAAAUGACUGAUAGGCAGAACUCAGUUUUGUAAGUGUGAAUUAAUGCCUCUUUCAGCUGAAAUAGGUUUGGUUUUAUAGAGCAGCCCAAAGUUAUAGUAGAGGUCCCUCUUCUGUCCAAAUGGAUGCUCCACAUUACAUUAGAUGUUUACUUUUUAUGUCAGUGAAGGGAGUUAACUUGUUUCCUCCUACAUUUUCCAUUUUCACACACCCUGUGUGAUUUUGAGUGUGACGUAGAAGAAGCAGUGAGGGUUAUAUCACCAUGAUGGUUAUUAAUCCAUUGGAGGGAACACAAAUGCCAACAUCACUGCACUGUCUCAAUAUGUGUUUUGAUUAGGAAGUGAUUAGUACACUGUGAUUUAGCUGGGGGGGGCAGGAGUGGUUCAUGGGGAGUUAUCAAUGUUGUGUGAAUACGCUACCUGACAUCAGAAGGUUUGUUUUCACUGUUACCCUUUGGGGAGAUGUUAUGAAGUAGCCUUUGCAAGUGAUUGCAUCUGUGGUCACCUUCUAAGUGGCUAAAUUUACACUUUAUUUAUUAUGAAAUUGCUUUGGAGGCUGUUUAUAUCAGAUGAUUUGGUACAAUAAAGCCUUUGCCUGGGAUUUACUGGACUCCACUUUUUAUAUUAAUGAAAAUGCCCCCCGCAAACUAUGUAUGUAAUUUCCGAAGUGUAAUGUAAGCAAAUG